AGACUGACCCAGGAAACACUCCCUCUACAUUUGCUUAAGAGCACCUCAGCACCUCCAGUGCAGACAUGUCCUCCACCAGUGAAAGGAGCUCUGAGGAGACAUUCCUGUGCUCCAUCUGUCUGGAGGUGUUCUCUGAGCCAGUGACCACUCCAUGUGGACACAACUUCUGCCAACAUUGCAUCAAUCAGACCUGGGACACUGAUGGGCCAUGCACAUGUCCUCUGUGUAAAGAGGAGUUCCCGAGCAAACCACAGCUCAGGGUCAACACACUCCUGAAGGAGGUGGUCUCAGGGUCUAAUGUGGAGAAGAACAAGAGCAGCUCUAUGGAUCACAUGCCUCACUUUAAAGAGGUGCAAUGUGACCUGUGCUCUGAGCCCAAGCUAAAGGCCCUCAAGUCCUGCCUGGUGUGUCUGUCCUCCUUCUGUGAGAGCCACCUCCAGCCUCAUCUCACAGUCUCUGGACUGAAAAGACAUCAGCUGAUGGAGCCUGUGGAAAACCUUGAAGACAGGAUGUGUCCCACACACCAGCGCCCCCUGGAGCUAUUCUGUGGCACUGACCAGAUCUUUGUCUGUACCGUGUGUGUCCUAGAGCACAAGAACCAUGAGUUACUGUCUCUGGAGGAGGCGUGUGAGUGCAGGAGAUCCUCUCUAUUGCUGAUUCAGGCUCAGAGCCAGCACAUGGUGGAGCAGAGGAGGCAGAAGAUUCAGGAGAUCCAGAGCCUCCUGGAGCUGAGUGAGACAGAGACACACAGAGAAAGGGCUGUGGGGCUGCAGGCCUUCACUGCUCUCAUGCAGUCUGUUCAGAGGCGUAUGGACCUCUUCCUAGAGGAGCUCCAGGAGAAGCAGAGUCAGAGCCUCAGACGAGCCCAGGAUUUGCUGCAGCAGCUGGAGCAGGAGAUUUGUGAUCUGGAGAAGAGUAGUGCUGAGGCUGAAUGUCUCUCACGCUCUCAUGACCCUCUCCACUUUCUACAGCGCUGCCUUGCACUCACGCCCCCCACUGGUCUUAAGGAGUGGAGCAGCGUGAAUUUUGAGCUGGAGACAUGUGAGGGCAAAGCAGCCCGAGCUCUGUCUCAGCUGGAGAACAGUCUCUCUCAGGAGUUUAACAAACAGUUCAAAGAACUGGCCUCAGAGUCUAAUAAAGCUGAGCUGAGGAGAGCGCAGCAGUGUGCAGUGGAGGUGACUCUGGACCCAGACACGGCUCAUCCUCGACUUGUUCUGUCUGAAGAUCUCAAACAGGUUCAUUAUGGAGCUGUGAGAAAGAAGCUCCCAGACUCUCCUCUCAGGUUUGAUAAAUGUCCCGAUGUUUUAGGAAAACAGAGAUUCUCUUCUGGCAGGUUUUACUUUGAGGUUCAGGUCAAAGGCAAAACAGCCUGGGAUUUAGGAGUGGCCCACGAGUCCAUCAACAGGAAAGGAAUGAUCACUGCAAGUCCCGAACAUGGACAGUGGAGCAUCUCCUUAAGAAACAAUGAUGAGUUCAAAGCUUGGACUGGCCCUUGGACCCGUCUGUCCCCUCAGAGAGCUCCUCAGAAGGUGGGGGUGUUUGUGGAUUAUGAAAAGGGUCUGGUCUCCUUUUAUGAUGCAGAUUCUGCAGAUCUCCUCUACUCCUUCACUGACUGCUGCUUCAGGGAGAAUCUGCUGCCAUAUAUCAGUCCCUGUUUAAAUGCAGAAGGAGCAAACUCUGCUCCUCUGGUUCUCACUGCAGUGGAGACUCUCAGUGAUGUCCAAGUACCAAAGUAAUAACCUAAUGUGUUGUGUGGGAGCAGGGGUUACAUAGGCUUGUGGGCUAAGCAUUGCACAGUCUUCCAUUAAAUACAUCAUAAUAUAAAAAUAAUAAAUUAAAUAUGUUUCUGAUGUUACACAGUGCAGCUUUAAACUGUCCCUGUGUAAACCUUACAUCAUGUAUAUCUUAUUUGUAUCAGUCAGUCUGGUGCAAAUAUGAGGCCUGUGUUUAGUAUUCAUGAUAUUCAGGAGGAGCAUACGUGCUGUUUGUCUAUGGACAGAGAUCGGACAGGAAGUGACAGUCCCUGAGGGGAAGGUACACACCCCCCUCUCUCUUUUCCCCUCUCUUCCUCCCUGUCUUUACCACUCAAUCUCUCUUCCUCUUCCCCUCCUUCUGUCUCUCACCCUCUCCAAAACACCUGCUCAACACCUGCCCCCUACAGACAACACCUGGACACUGACCUUAUGGGGCAGAAGAAAUGCAAGCGGACAGUUUUUAAUUUACUUUUGGGGUGAGGUUAAAUUGGGGUUAUUGAUGCUUUUGAAUUUAAAUUAAAAGUAAAUUAAAAAUAUUGAAAAUUAGACCUGCUGUAUUUAGUACUGUUAUUUUCUCAUCCUGUCUGUUCGUAUCUUUUAAUACAUUUUAUAUCAUCCCUCUAGUAAUUAGGAGUUGAAGAGGCUCAGGAAUUUAAAGCAAACCUGGUAGUAGCAGUAAUAGUACCAUUAGUAUUAGUAGUAUAUAUAGUAGUAGAAGUAGUAAUAGUAAUAGUAGUACUAAUAGUAGUAGCAGUAACAGCAGUAUUAGCAGAAGUAGCUGUAAUAGUAGUAGAAGUAGUAAUAAUAGUAUUAGUAGUCAUAGUAGCAGUAGUAGCAGUAGUCAUAGUAGCAGCAGUAGUAGUAGUAGUAGUAGCAGUAGUAACAGUAGUAGUAGUUGUAGUAGUAAUAGUACCAUUAGUAGCAGUAGUAGUAAAAGGAAUAGUAGUAUUA